GGGGGCGUGCGCAGGUCGGCGAAUCACCGAAUCACUUCUCCAGCAGCAGUUCUGUGUGCAGGUCGGCGAAUCACCGAAUCACUUCUGCAGCAGCAGUUCUGUGUGCAGGUCGGCGAAUCACCGAAUCACUUGUAAACUUAAAUAUGCAAACAAAAAGAAAAUAAAUACCUUCAAAAUAAAACAAAUAAAUUAAGAGCCAGAAAUGCCAACAUAAAAACGAAAUGUUCUGUAGCCUACGUUUAAAAAUAUAACAAAGAAAAUAUUAACUUAAAUGGGCAAACAAAAAGAAAAUAAAUAGGCCACCUUAAAUAAAACUAAACAAAUAUUAAACCAAGUGCCAGAAAAGCCAACAUUAAAACUAAAAUUUCUGUAGCUUACAUUUAAAAAUAUAAAAAUGGAAAUAUCAACUUAAAUAUGCAAUAAAAAAGAAAAUAAAUAGCUUAAAUAAUAUAAAAAUCAAGAUAAAUAAUAGCCUAUGUAUAUGUACAUACAUUAGUUAUUAUUUUUAUUUUAAAUCUUCUCAAACAGCCUGCCCUACACUUUACCCCCCGCCCCUCCCCCUCGCGUCGCUGCUGCUCAGCCUUGCCCUGCACUGACUUUCUUUCUGUCUCCUCUACUCUCAUAACUUUAUGUGUUGAGAUAAUGGGGACGGUGUUUGUUUUCAUGUGGCUUGAGUCAACAUUAGCCGUUAGCUUGGAGAAUGAAUGGAGAACGGAUGCCAAUGGCAUGAAACAUAUCCCCGCGACGGGAGGAGAAUCACUCGCGGCAUUGGGGCAAGCAGAGCAGAGAGCGAGAGCGUUGUCGUUCACUGAGGGAUUCAUGUCGUUAAUCCGCGGUGAACGAAUCGUUCGCUCAGUCCCUCCCCCAGCCCCCAUGAUGAGUAGCUGGCUGCGUCGUUCGCCGACGUCACAGAAUGCGCCAGUUCCACUCAUACCGGCAUGGUCGCGGCAGAGCUCAACUGAACUGAGAAAAGAACGAAUCAGUUCAUGAAGUGAUUCGGUUCAGUACGUUCACUCAAAAGAUUCGUUCGUUCGAACGAAUCGUUCGCGAACGACACAACAUUAUUUCUACCAGGCCUACUUGCUUUGUUGGCAUGGAAAAUUGCAACAAUACCUACAGUGGUUGUUAUAAAUUCCCUCUGUCAGUGAUUACCUACUCAGUGGCCUAGUGGUUAGAGUGUCCGUCCUGAUAUCGGUAGGUUGGGAGUUCAAAUCCCGGCCGAGUCAUACCAAAGACUAUAAAAAAAUGGGACCCAUUACCUCCCUGCUUGGCACUCAGCAUCAAGGGUUGCAAUUGGGGGUUAAAUCACCAAAAUGAUUCCCGGGCGCAGCCACCGCUGCUGCCCACUGCUCCCCUCACCUCCCAGGGGGUGAUCAAGGGUGAUGGGUCAAAUGCACAGAAUAAUUUCGCCACACCUAGUGUGUGUGUGACAAUCAUUGGUACUUUAACUUUAAGAUAGAAGAUAAAGUUCCCUAGUUAAUGUUAAUUGUUGAAUAUAAUUGACUAUAUUAUUGCUGACGUAAACAAGUUACUAAUGUAGUCAUGCACCUUUAAGUUGAGUUUUUUUGAGUCAGGCAGUUUACCGGGCAGCUAUGUUUACCUCUCGGGGUCCUUCGGGCAGUGUAUUGAACAGUGUGUUCCAGAGUGUGCUUAGCUGCUGCUGCUACAAAGUCAUAUAUAAAGAAGUUGAAACGUAAAACGGUGUCCUUAUUCCCUAACCGGAGUACGCUCACGGGUGAAGAGUCCCAGCACAACAACAACAUCAGUUUAUCCAUAUAGUUCUUCAAUAUUGGUCCUUCGAGCCGGAUUGCUUCACUCGCGACGGAGAAAUGGACACCGCGCUAACAACAGCGGCAGACGGCGGCGCACUCGGAGCAAGACAGCGACAGCUUCCAACUCGUCUAGAAAGCUACCAGGUUAGCCUUCCACAGUCCCUCAUUCCUCACGGUGCCCGCGCGCAGGACCGAGGAGAGAGCGUCGGCGCCCAGCGGCUGCAGUCACUCAGCCUACAGACCGAGUCUGUGUGUAUGGAGGACCAGCCGCACGGAGCGCACGCUAUCCCCGAUCGUCCAUUAUCGCCGGGAGCGGCCGACAAGGUGAGCGAGUGGAACAUGGCGAUACAUGCUAGAGACUUGCCCAGCCAGCUAACAUGCCAUAUGAGCCAUCCAUCGGCGGCACACGCGGGGCGGAGCUAUCAAAGCAGGCAGGGUUCUCCUGUCCUACGGCCACCAGCUAUUCUCAAUAUGAGCGUCCCAACAUAUCAAUCACCCUGGCUAAGCUGUCCAGUAGUUCACAGCACCCCUCUGUCACAGCCAUCCAGCCUCCAUCUUGGAUCAUCUAGGCUGCUUCAGCAUGAGCCACACCUGUCUACACUGCCACAUACCACCUCUACAGCACUAAAGCUUCAAGCAGCGAUGACUCCUACACCAGGUAGUAGACAGGAGAACUACACACUGACGCAGUCUCUGCCUUCAACUGUGACAUCUGCAUGGGCACCGUCUCCCCUCACUACGCUGAACGUUUCUAUGCUGCAGCCUACACCUCAAGCUUCACAAGCAGUGAGUUAUGCCAGCCCACAGACAUCAGUUACAUCAGGCUACCCGUCUAACCAGCCUACCACAGUAAUGAUUAACAAUGUACAGGAAAGAGUGCCACCAGCUGCACAACUGCAAUACCUGCCCAUGCAGAAAACACCAGUAAAUCUAGCACCAGUGCAGCAAUACACCCCACUCCCGUCCGCACAGCCAGUGUGGCAAUACACCCCACUCCCAUCUGCACAGCCCGUGCAGCAACACGCUCCACUGUUUGCACAACCAGCCUAUCAACCCCCCCAGAUAGCAACAGCGCCAUAUUCUGCACCACAGCUACCUGUUGCGGCUGGCACUCAGCCAGUUAUCAAUCCAUCGCCCUACAGCACUGCCACUCCCCUGGGGACUGUCUAUCAUCCUCCAUCAACCAUCGCUACACAGCCAUUAUACCAGUCACCACUGCCACCGCAAAACCAACAGCUGCAACUCUACCAGCCUGUGUCUGCGCCGUCAACUCAGCCAGCAUAUCAACUGGUGUCUCCCCCUGCUGGUUUCACUCUGCAACAGCCCCCAUCAGCUCAACAGGUUCAGUACAGCCCCCAGUCUCAGUAUACACCACUGCAGGUACCGUACACUACCCAGUCCCCCAGACAGCCUGUUCCAAUACCUGAACUACCUAAGUUGGUGCACGACAGUGAGAGAGAGUUUGCUGACUUAAAAAUGGCGUUAGACCACCUGCUCAAUCCACAGACUGAACUUUCUGAACAUUACAAAUACCGUGUGCUUAUGGAACACUUGGUCCUGGAUGAAGCCAAGCUAAUAGCUCAGUCACACAGACAUUAUGUACAGCCCUACACUGCCGCCAUGCAGGCUUUGCAGAGACAGUACGGGCAACCACAUCAGUUGGCACAAAGUGAGAUUGCAGACAUCCUGAACUCUCCUGAUCUCAAAUCAGGAGACCCUAAAUCUUUCCAGAGCUUCGCCCUCAACGUUGACUUGCUGGUGGGAAUGCUAACCUCAUUGGAAGGGCCUAAUGGGAUGGAAGUGAUGUCUACUGGCCAUGUUGACCGGCUACUUAGCAAACUCCCUAGACACAUGAGAGACAACUUUGUGGAGCAUCUGCAGGUUCAGGGGCGCCUUAGCACCAGCAGCCUAAAUCCAUACAACCUCAGAGACCUUGCAGAGUGGCUCAAGGUGAAGGCAGAAGCUCAGAGACUGUCCGCAAAAAUGGCACAGCGCCAUCGAGCUGAAGGAGCACAGCCUGCCAAUCGAGACAGACCUGUCCCUACUCCCCGGCCUCGGACUCGGCCUGUUUCUGUGUAUCACGGUGCAGACCAGCCCAAAUCAGCCGAAACGACUCGGCCAGCAGCUAAGCAACAAAAGUUUAAAAGGAUGUGUCUCUUCUGCAAGAGUACAGAGCACUACUUGUCGCAGUGUCCAGAUAUUAUUCAACGCUCAACACAGGAAAUCGAGAAGUGGAUAACAGGCGGACAGCGCUGUCGUAACAGUGGCCGUACUAACCACGAUGAAGAGAGCUGCACGUUAAAGAAACCUUGCAGUGAGUGUCAGAAGAUCCACCUGAGAGUGCUGCAUGACAUCACCAGGCCGGGCCCCCAAAUCUUCCUCAUCACACCCAAAGACUGCACCUCAGCGGCUAACUCGAUGCAGGGAGGGAAAGUAUACCUCAAGGUGGUGCCAAUCAUCAUCAGUCAUGGGACCAGAUCACUGCAGACCUAUGCAAUCCUCGAUGAUGGAGCUGAACGCACUAUAAUACUCCCGGCUGCAGUUCGAGACCUGAAUCUCAGAGGCAGAGCAGAGUCCCUCACCCUGCGAACUGUUCGUCAGGAUGUGGUUCACCUCACUGGAGCAUCAGUCGACUUUCAUGUAGCUUCUCCAGCAUCACCAUCACAGCAGCAUUUGGUUGAGAGGGCCUACACAGCAGGUCGACUUACCCUGACAGAGCAAUCUUAUCCAAUAGCAGCGCUCCAGAGACGCUACCGCCACCUGAGAGGAUUACAACUGCAGAGCUUCAAUAAGGUGCAACCACUGCUGCUCCUUGGUGCAGAUUACACUCACCUGAUCACUGCUACGGAACCUGUGAGGUUUGGCCCGAAGGGAGGACCCGUGGCUAUUCAUACAGCACUCGGCUGGACACUCCAAGGCCCAGAUGGUUCACAGUCCCCCGCUGCAUCAUGCUACUACACCGCCUUCAAGCCUACACCAGAUGACAUCUACCAACAAGUCGAACGCCUCUGGCAGCUUGAUGUGCUCCCAUUCCGUAGCGAGCGGCUAGCAGUGCGGUCUCGCCUGGACCAGGAAGCGGUGAGCGUCUUGGAAGCACGCACUAAGAGAGUGAAGGUUGGUGACACACUUCGCUACAUACACCCCUGCUCCGGGUAA